CACUUUAUGUCCAAUAAUUAUGUAUCUCCAUUUGUACGCGCCAAGCACGAUUAUUGUUUGGUGGAAAAGGUUAAAAGAAUCUGUAACACAGUGUAUGUUAGGCUCUUACCAACUUGUUUGACUGACGACCCAGAUUAUCACAGUCAUACCACUAUCUUAAUCCAACGGUCUAUAUUGAAGCGUAUCAUCUACAUCACUUCACACGAUCAUUACCCCACUCUUCAUCCUCUUUAACCGUUGACGCCGCUAUGGAGUCUCUCUCUUUGUCUUCUCUGAAAAUUCCUGUUAACGUUUUACAUACUUUUCCUCCUCCUUUUAUGGCGGCUUAAUCCCUAGUUUUCCCCUAACUAGAAAAAGAAACUCAAAUUUUCUAUGUCUAUAGUAAACAAAAAUGGAUCCAACUGCUCAAUCAGUUCUUGCAGCCGCCGCUAGUUUCUUCUUCAUCACGCUUCUAUUCGCUUUCAUUUGUCUCAUUUGCAAAUCCUCCAAACCGUUCCGGCCAAGCAACAAUCACCGCCGCCACCACCACCGGACACGGACGGUGCCUAAUCCUCAGCCUUCCUCUAUAAUCGUCGAUGAGAGCGCUACGUUCGACCCCUGUAUCAAUCGGAUCUCCAUGGAUGAGCUCAAGAUCGCUACCAAUAACUUCUCCCCCGACCUCAUCAUCGGCGACGGCAGCUUCGGUUUUGUUUACCGAGCUACACUCUCCGACGGCGUCACUGUCGCCAUCAAGAAGCUUGACCCCAACGCCUUCCAAGGCUUCCGGGAAUUUCGAGCUGAGAUGGAAACCCUAGGUAAGCUACGUCACCCGAAUAUAGUUCAAAUCCUCGGCUACUGCGCUUCAGGUCCUGACAGAGUCUUGAUUUAUGAGUAUAUUGAGAAAGGUAACCUCGACCAGUGGCUACACGACAUGUCGUCGAUUAACGAACAUUCAACUAAAUUACCGUUAUCUUGGGAGACUCGGGUUAAAGUUGUGUUAGGUGUAGCCAAGGGUCUAGCCUAUUUGCACCAGCUGGACACUCCAAUCAUUCAUAGAGAUAUUAAAGCUAGUAAUGUUUUACUAGAUAUGGAUUUUGAAGCCCAUAUUGCGGAUUUCGGGCUCGCUCGUGCAAUGGACGGGUCGCAUUCCCACGUUUCAACGCAAGUCGCCGGCACCAUGGGGUACAUGCCGCCGGAGUACAAGGAUGGGGUGACUAUAGCGACCAUGAAGGCGGAUGUGUAUAGUUUUGGGGUACUAAUGAUUGAAAUAGCGACCGGAGAAAGGCCCAAUUUGCCUGUUGUUGUAGAUGGUAAGGAGGUAGUGUUGAUUGUGUGGGCUAGAAAAAUGUUGAAGCAAAGGAGACAUAUGGAGAUAUUGGAUUCAAAAAUUUGGAAGGAAGGAUUAGAUGAAGAAAAUGUGAGAAAGUAUUUUAGCAUUGCUUCUAUGUGUAGUGAUGAAAUAGGAGUUGAUAGGCCAUUGAUGAGUCAAGUUGUUGAGUUACUCAAUGAGCUUUGUUUACAAAAGAUAGAUAUAAAAUUAGUUUAGGCAAAUUCUCGUAUGAUGUAUAUUGUUUGCUUUAUCUUGAAAUGGCUGCUUCUCUUUCUUUUAA